UACAGUUGGGGACUGCAUAUAUUUGAGCUAAAGGGAAGGAAGGGGGAAAUUUGAGACUUGGGAAGGACUGACUCGACUAGGAGCUCUGUGAGCUUUUUAAAGAAAUCAGAGGAGAUCCCUGAGAGUUGUGUGUGUUGGGGGCGUGUUUGUGGGAAAGCUGCAAGUUCUUAAAGGUAUUUCUUCCCCAAAGGUGACUCAUCUACAGCUCCAGACUCAUCAGGUGUUUUUGCUCACAGGAAGAAUGCUGAAACAUUGCCUCGCUUUUGGCCGUUCCCUUGUGAGGAGGAAGAAUGUGGACCAGGACUGUCUUGAGGAGUCCAAGUUGUGCCGUUGCCUCUCCACUGUUGAUCUCAUUGCCCUCGGGGUGGGAAGUACACUGGGGGCUGGUGUCUAUGUGCUCGCUGGGGAGGUGGCCAAGGGAAAUUCUGGCCCCAGCAUUGUGGUGUCUUUUCUUAUAGCUGCACUAGCAUCUGUGAUGGCUGGGCUUUGCUAUGCCGAGUUUGGUGCACGGGUACCCAAGACAGGCUCGGCUUAUUUGUACAGUUAUGUGACAGUGGGUGAGCUCUGGGCAUUCAUUACUGGAUGGAACCUCAUUCUGUCAUAUGUAAUAGGGACCUCUAGUGUGGCACGGGCCUGGAGUGGGACAUUUGAUGAGCUCAUAGGGGGCCACAUUGAGAAGUUCUGCAAAAUGUACUUCAAAAUGAGCUUGCCUGGCCUAGCAGAGUACCCUGAUUUCUUUGCAGUUUGCCUCAUCUUACUUCUGUCAGGUCUUCUGUCCUUCGGGGUGAAAGAGUCAGCGUGGGUCAACAAAAUCUUCACAGCUGUAAACGUGCUGGUGCUUAUGUUUGUUAUUGUAUCUGGUUUUGUCAAAGGAGACUCACUCAAUUGGAAUCUGUCAGAAGAAUCUCUCAUAAAUGCCACAAUUAUCACAAGGAACCUCUCACACACUGCUAAUGUUACCAGUGAUUAUGGUGCAGGGGGCUUUUUGCCUUAUGGCUUCAGCGGGACACUGGCUGGGGCAGCCACAUGCUUUUAUGCCUUUGUAGGAUUUGACUGCAUUGCAACAACAGGCGAGGAGGUAAAGAACCCCCAGAGAGCCAUUCCCAUUGGUAUAGUCGUCUCCCUGCUGGUCUGCUUCCUUGCCUACUUUGGAGUGUCUGCGGCCCUCACACUUAUGAUGCCUUAUUACCUGUUGGAUGAGAAGAGUCCUCUGCCUGUAGCCUUUGAAUAUGUGGGCUGGGGACCGGCGAAAUAUGUAGUGGCAGCAGGAUCACUUUGUGCUUUAUCAACCAGUCUGCUGGGCUCCAUUUUCCCAAUGCCUCGUGUAAUCUAUGCUAUGGCACAGGAUGGGGUGCUUUUCAAAGUGUUAGCCCAAAUCAAUCCUAAGACGAAGACCCCACUUAUUGCCACAAUGUCUUCUGGUGUAGUUGCAGCUAUUAUGGCUUUUCUGUUUGACUUGAAAGCGUUGGUGGAUAUGAUGUCCAUUGGAACCUUGCUGGCAUACUCCUUAGUAGCUGCAUGUGUUCUUAUCCUCAGAUACCAGCCGGAUGCUGUAUUUGAGAAGUCUAGGAUCAGUGAAGGGAAGGAACAGGUUGGUGAAUCUGAACUGACAGAGUCUGAGUCUCAUCUCAACAUGCUGAAAGAUGGUGGUGUAACCCUACACUCUCUGCUGAACCCUCCGUUGCUGCCCACUGAACGGACCUCCACAGCCGUCAAUGUGUCUGUUAUUAUUAUUGCGCUUAUUGUGUGUGUUGUAAGUACACUCAACACAUACUAUGGACAGGCCAUUGUUGCCAUGGAGCCUUGGGCCCUGGGGGUGUUAGCAGCAUCCUUGAUCAUCUUUAUUAUGUGCAUCUUUUUGGUUUGCAGACAACCUCAGACAAGGAAGAAAGUUUCAUUCAUGGUUCCUCUGUUACCCUUUCUACCCAUUUUGAGUAUAUUUGUCAACGUGUAUCUCAUGGUUCAGCUCAGCGGAGACACAUGGAUCCGUUUCUCCAUCUGGAUGGCAAUAGGUUUCCUCAUCUAUUUUGGUUAUGGGAUGUGGCAUAGUGCUGAACGCAAGAGGUAUCUACAGAACUGUGGUGGUGUAACAGAGAAAAAGAAACUGACAGAAAAUGAAGGCGCUGUGGAGUAUUUGAUUCACACAGAGAAGACUAGCCCAUGUUAAAAAAUGGCAGAUAUAGAGUCCCACAAUAACUGGCUAUUAUCCACAGCAUUCACCUAAUGGCUUACAGACCUGAGCUCUGUGUGUACAGUUUUGCCUUACAGUCACUGCCAUCAUGAACAAUGUUUUAUCACUGUAGCUCCCAGUGCAGAUGCUCUCACAAGUGCUGUGAUCAGAUCAUGUAGUAAGACAUCGGGGGUGUAAAUGUAUUGAUGCCUACUGAUCUGAAAAUGAUUAUCGAUCUGACAAUGAAAAUUCUGUGCAUUAUAAAAUUGAUUAACUGAUUGACUCAAUUAAUUGAUAAUAAUUAUCAUGUAUUGUAAUUUAAUAUGCAAUAGUGCCCCCCCAAUACAAUUUGCAAUACAUUGCAUCCUUUAAUAAACAACCAGCAGCAAAUUGAAUUGUUGUCAGAACAAAUAUUUACACCCCAUAAGUCACACGUAUGUCUGUCUGUGAGUAAUUUGCAUUGAAAUGUAUUUGGAAGCUUAAAGGGAAAACAUAAUCACAAAAAUACUUCAUUUUACGAAGAGUAAAAAAUAAGUAAGGUUUAAUUCUAACAUUAGUUUAAGUAAUAAUAACAAGAAUAAUUAAAAAUAUAGUUUAACGUAGCCUUUAUACUUAGUUCUAAAAAUGGGAUAGUGGCAUUUUUAACAUAGGUAGAACAUUGAUUAGAUAUUGGAGAAAGUAUGCAGUGCAGAUGUAGGCAAAUGCCCAGGAUCACAAAAUAGUUAUUUAAUGUCUUGAUAAUUCACUUCAAGUGUUCAAUUCUCAGAUAUAGAUAGAAUCAAUUCAAUUGACCACAUAUUAUUUUAAGUGCCAGAUACAUUAGGCUGCUCAUUUACAGUAACACUACUUGUUUUCUUGUAUUCUGAUAACACUGCUUUUUGUUUUCAUUCUGUAAUGUUAUAUAUUACACAUGCUUCUUUAUUUUGUUUGAAGUUUUGUCAGGAAUAUCUUGCUAUGUUCAGUAUUCAUAUGUCAACCUGUGUUUUAGCUACCAAAAGGUCUGAUGAUCUUGAUAAGGAAGAAGUUAUGUAAUGAAUGUUUGAAGUCAAGUUGUAAAAUACCCAUUGUUUUUUUUUUUACUUUCAAGACCCUUUUUCUACAAUGAGUAUUAGCUAUGAAUUUUGUAUAAAUUGUUUGAUAAAUAAACAAUUUAAACCAUCAACAAGUUUGCACACAAGGUUUUACAUCUGCAAAAGUUAGAAACGGUUGACUUGCACUCCAGUAUUGCUGUUAUCACUGCAGUCGAAGUCAGUUUGAUCCGCUUAUGUAAGUGAUACUUAUAGUCCGCUGUGGUCCGUCUUGAACCUGAGCAUCUGAAAGUGUUUCUUCAGUAUACCAGUGCUAAUGUGUUUGUUUGCUCGAAUCAUAGUUGUAGAUUGCAGUGCAAUUGAAUCAUUAAAGGCAGGAGUUUUGGUUUUCUGCACAUUUACACAGUAUUUGUAUGUGUGUGUCAUUAAAACAAAUGUACAUUCAUUAUUAUGUUUCAGAGGCCUAUGUAUAUUGCUAAUGGAAGUAAUGUAAUGAUUAAGCCUUUUAUCAUAACAUUGCAAAUUGGUUGCAUACAAACCAAUAAAAUAUUUCUCACCUCCUUUUUAA